AUGAUGUCACCGGCACCGUUUUUAAAUAGCAGGUCAGCAGUUCCAGCUGCUGCUGCUGCACCAUCCAUGUUAGCUCGACGUAGAAGUGGUGAAAUAAAUAACUUAGCGACGCUUUCUAGUAGUAUAUUACCAGCUUUUGGAACUGUUAUUGAUGGUAAUUACCUUGACCUUAAAAGAUUCAUCAUCGCACCCUAUGAUCGUCGAUACAGGUGGUGGCAACUGUUUCUAGUGGUUCUAGUCAUAUAUUCAGCAUGGGCAUCCCCGUUCGAGCUAGCAUUCAGCAAGUAG